UUUGGAUUUAUACCGUCUUGUCAAUCAAUUUGCUGAGAUGGGGGCCUACCGGUACAUGCAGGAACUCUAUAGGAAGAAGCAGAGUGAUGUAAUGCGAUACUUGCUGCGUAUUCGCGUUUGGCAAUACCGCCAAUUAACCAAACUGCAUCGUUCACCCAGACCUACUCGUCCGGAUAAAGCAAGGCGUUUGGGGUACCGUGCAAAGCAAGGGUUCGUGAUUUAUAGAAUCCGUGUUCGCCGUGGUGGUCGCAAGCGUCCAGUGCCAAAAGGUUGCACUUACGGCAAGCCGAAGAGUCAUGGUGUAAACCAAUUAAAGCCGUAUCGAGGAUUACAGUCUAUAGCUGAGGAACGUGUUGGUCGUAGGCUUGGUGGCUUGAGAGUUUUGAACUCGUAUUGGAUUGCUCAAGAUGCUUCUUACAAGUAUUUUGAGGUAAUCUUGAUUGACACUCAUCAUAGUGCUAUUCGUCGUGAUCCUAAAAUUAACUGGAUCUGCAAGCAUGUGCACAAGCAUCGUGAGUUGCGAGGCCUUACUUCAGCCGGAAAGAGUUCCCGUGGUAUUGGCAAGGGAUACAGAUAUUCUCAGACUAUUGGUGGAUCUAGGCGUGCUGCUUGGAAGCGCAAGAACCGCGAGCAUAUGCACAGAAAACGAUAAUUUGUAAAGCUUAUUUAUUAUCGGUUGAAUAAAGCAUUUCGUGCAUUAUAUUCAACAAUUGGCACGUUAAAAUCA